AAGGAUUUUAGCUAGUCGUCUGCUGAAUUCAAACAACUUUCAUUGGUGUCGGUGUGUUUGUCUAUUCAUAUUAACGUUUUCUGACUUAUUCGAAUAUGGAGGUUGGCCCACGACCUGUCGCAGAUCCAGAAGGCACCAUAUUAUGGUUCGAAUAUUUGUUAGAUUCUUCGUUGUUGGAAAAACAGCUUUUGCGUGAAAAUUCAGAUGCCCAAGCAACAGAGUUGAUAAUAGAGUUCUUGGUGAAUUCUCAUAACUUGAAUAUAUCAGAAAAAAAUGGCAGUAAAGUUAUUGAUGUUGAAGCUACAGAAGCAUCCAGUGGCAGUGAACCAAAAACAAGGAAAAGCUUGGCUUUAAAGAUUUUAGCACUGAAAUGUGCAGCUCAUUUGAAGUGGAACUUUCAGUUACUAGAGAAUCGUGUUCCCUUGACACUACAGCAGUUGCUAUACCAAGAUCUUUUGUUCUUCUCCGAAAAUGGGAAAGUUGAUAUAAAAUCACACAUCUCCUUGGAUUUUAGAGAGGCAAGCCCUCACACAAUAUUUGCCAUUUCCACUUAUCACAGAUGGGUUUUGUGGGCACUUAAAUCAAUCCAGAUUAUUACAAAACCAAACAAAGUUUUGCACAUACCAAUGCCAGGUGGGCAGGGUCCAACUUUUGUUCCACCUCACAUUACUGAGGCUAUGCUGAACUCUCUCAAGUUACAAGCCAUUGAUUCUGUUAUCAUUUUAGAGAACAUUCUCAAGGAAUUAAAUGGACAGAAAAUGAUUAUGCCCACCAUCAACACCUUCGUGAGCUUAACCGAAACCUCAACGAAUGCGAGUGAACACAGAUGGCAAGAGGGUUACAGUAUUUCAAUAGAAGAGUUUGAGCUUCAGUUGCGAUGUGAUUUGGCUGUGUGGUUUAUGUUUGCAAAUCAGUAUUCGGCAGCCAAACGCCACUUACAAGUUGUCGGGAAAUUGUUCACUGAUUGCCAGUCACGAAAAAUGGAAUACUGCAGUAUUUCGGCACCAUAUUUGAAAGGCUUCCUUUCCGCUUGUCAAAUUCAAGAAGUUGAAGGAGAAAAAUCGUUAACAGAAAAGAUGCACGAGUCUAUUAAAAAUCAUUAUGUUGGCUUUCUCAACGUUUUACAAGAGGAUAAUAUUCGUCGUGAAGUUCCUAUACAUUACCGAGGAAUGGCUGAAUUGGAUUUACUAAGUGCGGCUGCUAGCGGCAAGUUUACCAUCGCAAAAGAUCUUGUUUUCAAAGUCCAAACUUUGAACGUAGUUCGAAGGACGCUAGCGGAUCACCAUAUACCGCAAACUUAUUUCAAGUUACUGAGUGACGAGGGUGGAAGUGGAUUUCAAUAUCUCAUAUCGGCAUUAGAACAAGUUCAUCAAAUUGGCAACAAACAGGACAAGAACAAAAUCAAAGGACUUCUGCUAAAGGUUCUCAUAAUUGGCGGAGAUAAUAUCAAAAAUUCUCUAUUGCUCAACAGUUCGCUGAAAGAAAUUUUGCAUGGAGAAUCCGACAAAGUAAAACCCACUGUAGAUCACUUGCCUUUCAGUCCAGAUUUUCCUCAUUCAUUAUUACCUCAAAUUGAGUGUGGAGAACUAAUCCAACAGCUGAUUGAAUCCUACCACACUUCUGAGAUCCAAACUUUACUGGACCGGUUAUCUCACGGUUGGCCAAAUCGACCGUUGUGGACUCUCUACAAAAAAUGGGAGAUACCGAUUCCGUUUCAAAGUGCUGUCAUGAAUUUGCCGAAAGGGAUGCUACAAGACUGGUCCUACAUUCUUCUAGCGAAAUAUCGAGAGCUUCUUAGCUUACAAGAUUUUGCUGGUGCUGUGGAAAUGCUGAAAGCAGUUGAGGAACGUGGCCGAACUAAACAAUUAACGAAUACUCAAGCAGGUGGCAAACUUUUUAAGCUUUGUGAAUGGGAAAUUCUCUUGGUGGACGUGCUGCAAUUUCUUCAUGAAUGGCCCAUUUCUAGCAGUUCCAGUCGUUUUGUGGAGCUAACCACCCAGUGCCGCGGAUGUCUCGGAGCUUUGCAACGGGGUGAAACUAUAUUUCCACGUUCUGAAGUAGUCGACUACUGUGUAGCAUUGUUGCUUGCAGCCUGUGAAUGGGAAUUCCUGUUAGGGCUUGACGUUCGCUGGAAUCUUAACUUGAAUGUUGAACUGGCAUCAAGUUUGGCAGCCGUCUGUUACGAUUUACAACGGGACCGUGAGCGACCUACGCGUAAAAAUUCAAAGUCUUUGUGGGAGCUGAUUAUUCCGGCGUUUAAUCCGGCCUCAUCCAACAGUGGAACGAUCGCCUCCCAAGGAGGAGGCUCCUCUUUAAAACGUACAGCUGCCGGUGCUUUGCAACAAGGUGCAAGUUCGUCUCGAGAUUCGCCCAAUGCUAACGUACCGAUGGUCAAUCGAGCUGCCCUAUCCAAAUUCUGCCAACUUCUUUACGAACCACAGUCGCUGAGUAUCAUACUUUCUUUGUUCGUGCGCCUACACAACGUUGUGCAGGACGAGGCAAAUUUAGAGAUCACUGCUGAUCUGUCAUCGCUUUGGCCAGCUGUACUCAGUAACGCCAACAGUUACUAUUUGCCGGGCAUCGGGGAAAUUCUCAGCCAGCUACUAGAGAGAGCCCUAUCUUUAUACCCACUGAAUACAGCUUGGUUAAAGCUACAAGGUGAUCUACAUUUUGCCCAAGGAUUUCACUCGGCUGCAAUGAGCUGUUACAUGACAGCAUCCUCUCUCGCAAGUGAUUACUUUCAUCAAGUCGUUCCAAAACAGGUUCUGGAUGAAGCUACUAUCCGUAGAAUGAUCAAGUGUUCGCAUUCGGCUUCGUGUUUCACACAGUCUGCCCUUCUUUGUCAGUUGCUAGAAGAAAUAGACUACGCUACUGCCUUUCGCUGCUUGCAAGAACGUGGAUGUAACGAUGCCAUGGACUCCCUGUACCCAUUCAUUUGGGACGUAACUCUGCUGGAAUUUAUAAUUCAACUACACCACAAGAGAGGCGAAACCCAGCGAAAAACGGUGGCAUUGAAAGCUAUCGGUAUGCUUGAACUCAAUGCAAAUAACAAUGAAGAGAUUCUGCGCGAAGCAGCAGCUCAAAGAAAAGCUCAGUUUCUACGCUGUCUCGCGAAGCAAUAUCUUUGAAAGUUCACAGAAGAUGAUUACACGUUCAUUUAUUUGGGAUUAUAUCUGAAUUCAUACAUACAUAUAUAACUUUCUAAAACUCUUGUAUCCUUGCCCAAAAAUUCAAUCGUAUGUUUCAUUCCCUUUCAGCGCUGGCUGAAUCCCGAGCGAAAUUUAAAUAAAGAAUAAAAAAAUAAAAA